UUGAGCAAAACUCCUCCAGCAAUGCAAAUACAAGCAGUUAUUAUCAUCAUUCAGUUGUUUACUCUUGCUGCAGCCACUCUGACAUCCACUCCCACUGUGGCCUGUCCUGAUGAAACUGUUACCUUCACCUGCACUCUGCCUGGUACUAUGGGUGUAUCCAUUCGCUGGACAGUAACUCCACCACCUGGACUGAAUGUGGGUAGUGCAUCUGGAUUAGUGAGUAACAAUGUUGGAACAUUUACUAUUGGCUCUGAUGGGUUUAUGUUCCGGGCUGAUUACUCCGGAUUCAAUGGAGGUAUGGUAACAUCUACCCUUACCACUCUCACCAUGGUGACAGCGCUGGCUGGAGCUAUGGUAGGCUGUAGAGUGUUAGGAGGAGCAGGGGAAGAUCAAAUACCCAUCAGCGUGGCUGAUCCACCCUCCCCUCCACUGAACCCAAGAGUAUCCUCCACUCUAACCAACUCAGCUCCUCUAAUAUCACUCUGGACUGGGACCCUCCCUCCUCUACUGGUGGUGUGUCUGUUAGCUAUGUCCUCACCAUCUCCCCAACACCUCUCUCCGGGUCACCAGCCACCGUGGAGACCACCUCAGUACAGAUAACUGUCUCCUAUAACACUCCCUACAAUGUGACCAUCAGAGCUGACAACUGUAUU